UGAAACCGGAUAGCUGGUUUAAGAAAAAAAGACCCCUUCUUUGACUGACUGCAUCUAUUUAAAAAGACAAGGCUAGGUUUAUAAGUCCUAGGUUCUUCAUGUGCCCAUAUGAGUCUUCAAAGCAGUUUUUUUUCCCCCAAAAUUUAUCCCCCCCUUCUUGACUUGCUGUGUCAAAUGAGCAUCAAGUGGGCACAGUGCACAUAGUUAAAGACCACUGUGAGUGCAGACCUGCCUGUACUUGACACUUUUCAUCCAGAUUUCGUUGAACCUGCCACUCCAAUGACCCAAGAGACACACGGGGCUCUCCGACUCUCUAAUCAGGAGUCAGUUUGAGAUUUUGGGAAAAGAAAAAAAAAUACAAACCAAAACAAGAUCUUAGCUGCCUGGACAAAUGAACACAAAUGCAUUUAGGGGCUGGAAGGAGAGACUCCACUUCUCACCUCACCACCAAGGGAACACUUUUUGCUUGGAUAUUUUUAUAUUUUUCCUGUUGCCUGGAUAUUUCUCAGGGAGCAACUGAAGAUGUUGACGUUCUUCAGAAUCUGGGCCUCACGGGAGACAAGUCAUCUGCCCGCCCAGUGCCUCAGGGGGUCAUUCCGUAUAAGUUGGGGGUCAUUUUGACGCAACGAGCGAGAGUGGAAGCUCCAGUUCACUCUGUUAUACCGCCAAGCUUAGGAACAAAUUUCACUCUGGUGCUGAGCCUCAGCUCCCACCGCAUAAGUAAUGCUUUUCUAUUUGCCAUUAAAAGCAAGAAAAAGAAACUCGAACUCGGGGUACAGUUUAUCCCGGGAAAAAUUAUUGUCUAUGUGGGUCACAAGCAGUCUGUGUAUUUUGAUUACAAUGUUCACGAUGGCCAGUGGCACAACAUGGCCCUUGGUAUUCAAGGCCAAAAGGUGACUCUAUAUACUUCUUGCGGGAAGCAAAGAGUUAAUGCCAGUUUGCAUACAAGGAAGGAUGUCCCAUUGGAUUCUGAUGGGGUUUUUUUACUUGGUAAGAUGAACCAGCACUCUAUUCAAUUUGAAGGUGCGCUUUGCCAAUUUGAUAUUUAUCCUCCAGCCAAGGCAGCUCAUAAUUACUGUAAAUAUCUUAAGAAGCAGUGCAGACAGACAGACACCUAUAGGCCGAACCUACCCAAUUUAAUGCCGCUGAUUCCUAAGGAAGGCAGAUUCCAUCUUGCCACUGAGAUGCCGUCAAGAUAUGUGCAUAACCUUACCAUUAUUUUACCCCGGACAGAGUCGGUUGGAACAAGCUUUAGUACCAGCACUAAAAGGAUAGCUUCUGGUAGGCUUUCUUCUGUGAAAAUGACUACCAAAUCACCAUCCUUGCUUGCCUCAACAUCUCGGCUUCCUUAUAGAAUUGAUACACAACUUGCUUCAAGCACCAAAACAAGGACUGCUACCACUGUGCCCAGAUCACCCACAUCAUUGCCAGUUAAUCCUGUGUUAGGAGAUGCUGUCCUCAAUUUAGCCAGGUCAGGUCUAACACCGAGUCAAAGCAGCACCAAGAAUGAAAAGCAACUAGAGAAGGAAACCAAGAAGCUGUACCAAAAAACAACCAUCAAACCAUCUUUGACAACUGCUGCUUCCAAGCAAGUUAAAAAGACCACAGGAAGCAGAAGAGGUACCAACACCAUUACCCCAAAACAAGCUGUGGAGAAAUUGACUAGUGGAUCCAGCCCAAAGAAUCACUCUUCUGUGAACUGGAAGGUUGAAUCAACCACUUCUGUAUUUUACACCAAACCACCGUCCUCUUCUGUUCCACCAGCAACUCACAUGUUUUCAGCCAUUUCUCCCUUUGCUCAUGAUUACUACUGGCUUGAUCCAACACCAUUUCCAUUUCUGAUGGGACCUCCAGGACCCAAAGGCGAUCUGGGUAGUCCAGGUCCUCCUGGUUUACCGGGUCUUUCUGGUCCACCUGGGAAAAGAGGCCCACGGGGUCCUACUGGCCCUCAUGGAAAUCCUGGCCCACCUGGUAUGCCCGGCCCAAAGGGCCAAAAGGGUGAUCCUGGACUUUCACCAGGAAAAGCAAUAAAUGGAUUAAAGGGAGAUUCUGGUUUGCCUGGCCUAACUGGAGUUCCUGGGCCGCUAGGCCGCAAGGGACUAAAAGGCUACCCAGGACCUCAAGGACAUCCUGGUGAACCGGGUGUACGAGGACCCGAAGGAAGUGCAGGGGCCAAAGGUUAUCCUGGCAGGCAGGGCUUGCCUGGACCAAUAGGAGUUGCUGGGCCCAAGGGAAACCGGGGCUACAUUGGCCCCCCUGGUUUAUUCGGGCUGCCUGGCGCUGAUGGAGAACGUGGUUUGCCUGGAGUUCCCGGGAAGAGGGGCACCAUGGGUAGGCCGGGAUUCCCUGGUGAUUUUGGAGAUAGGGGACCUCCUGGAUUGGACGGAAACCCAGGUGAAUUAGGAGCCCCAGGUCCUCCCGGUGUUCCUGGAUUCGUAGGUGAUAUGGGUGCUAUUGGAGCUGUAGGAUUUCCGGGACCCAAAGGUUUGAAGGGGCUGCCGGGGAAUCCUGGAGAAUCUGGACUGAAAGGUGAUAAGGGCGUUCAGGGAUUUCCAGGGAUACCAGGAGAUAUUGGCUUUCAAGGAGACAAGGGCAGUCAGGGUCUUCCAGGGCCAUCUGGAAUGCGUGGGAAACCUGGUCCAAUGGGCAAACCAGGCGAUAAGGGGUUUGCUGGAUUCCCGGGUCCUCCAGGACCAGAGGGCUUUCCUGGGGACAUUGGGCCUCCGGGAGAAAAUGGUCCGGAAGGUAUCAAGGGAAAGCCAGGAGCCAGAGGGUUCCCAGGACCCAGAGGACAGACAGGGCAUGAAGGGGAUGAGGGACCAAUUGGGCCACCAGGAGCUCCAGGUCUGGAGGGGUUUCCUGGACGGAAGGGCUAUCCUGGGCUUCCUGGGGCAGAAGGUACAAAGGGUGAAGUGGGAACCACAGGAAGGUCUGGGAAGAUCGGUGAACAGGGGCUUCAAGGAUUUAUUGGUCCAGUGGGGGAGACAGGUCUUGCGGGGGAAAAGGGAGACCGUGGAGGGAUUGGGAAUCCAGGCCCACCAGGGGAAAAGGGAUCAAUGGGUCAUCCCGGAAACCCAGGACCUCCAGGUUCUCCUGGUCCUCCUGGACCACCGGGUACGCCUGGGUCAAGGGGUUCUCCGGGUGUGCGUGGACCAAAAGGGCGCAGGGGUGCUAGAGGCCCUGAUGGACCAGCGGGAGAACCUGGACUUCCAGGUACUAAGGGUCCUACUGGCAUACAGGGCAAGCAAGGUCUGAUUGGCCAGCAGGGCAAACUAGGAGAAAGAGGAUUAACAGGACCACAUGGUUUUCCAGGAAUACCAGGAUCCUCUGGCCCACCCGGGGAGAAAGGAAUUCCAGGAAAUCCAGGCCCCGUUGGACCACAAGGCCCCGUAGGUGCUUUGGGAGAAAUUGGACACAAGGGACCUCAAGGAGCAAAGGGGGAGCCAGGACCUCAAGGUGAACCUGGACUAAAGGGAGACCUUGGUCCAAUAGGCAUUCCGGGAGAACAAGGUCUGAUUGGUCAAAGGGGCGAGACCGGAAUGGAGGGGGAAAGUGGCUUACUCGGCCCUGAUGGCAUGAAGGGAGAAAAGGGACAACCCGGACCUGAUGGGGAAAAUGGAGAAAAAGGAGUGGAAGGGGCAAAAGGAAAAGAUGGACCCCCUGGUCUUCCUGGACUCCCAGGUGUCAGAGGUGUGGAAGGAAAGCCAGGAAAACAAGGAGAAAAAGGAAAACCCGGGCGAAAGGGGAGCAAAGGCUUUGAGGGACAUUUAGGAGAAACCGGUGUUCCAGGCGAUCCAGGGCCUAUUGGGAACCAAGGACCUAAGGGAAGCAGGGGCACUCGUGGACCUGUUGGAUCCCCUGGAAGAAUGGGUGCACAGGGUGAACUAGGAAUGCCAGGUUAUCAGGGACAUAAGGGACCCCCUGGUCCAAUUGGACCACCAGGAAUAAAGGGUGAAAAGGGAGAACAAGGGGACGACGGGAAGGCAGAAGGUGCCCCUGGAGCUCCCGGAGACAGAGGCCCUGUUGGUGACCGUGGAGACAGAGGAGAGCCUGGAGACCCCGGAUAUCCUGGUCAAGAUGGACCAGAUGGACCUAGAGGAAAUGCUGGGCAGCAGGGUUUACCGGGGCAUCCUGGACCGCGAGGUCUUCAGGGCUUACCGGGAUCCAAAGGCGCAGUGGGUCUGAAAGGCAAGCCUGGAAAGCCAGGGGAGCCGGGAGCACGUGGACAGCCUGGUACUAUAGGUAUGACUGGUCCAAGGGGAGUAGUAGGAAGACAGGGCCAGGAGGGCCCUGCUGGACCUGAUGGAAUUCCAGGAAAAGAUGGAAGUUCAGGACUUAAGGGAGAACAAGGAGAAGAUGGGGAAAUUGGCCUUACUGGUACAUCAGGAAAAAGAGGAAACACUGGCGUUCCUGGUUUGCCAGGAGCUCAGGGACCACCAGGAUUCAGGGGUGAAAGGGGAUUACCUGGUGAAAUUGGGCUGCCAGGAAAACGUGGUGUGGAAGGGGGAAUGGGACUUCCAGGAGCCAAAGGGGAGCUUGGGACCAAAGGCCAGCCAGGUGACCCUGGGGAGAUGGGGUAUCCUGGCAUCGCUGGACUAUUUGGACCCAAGGGUCCUCCGGGUGAUAUCGGAUUUAAGGGCAUUCAGGGACCAAAAGGACCUUUAGGUUUAAUGGGUAAAGAAGGUGCUGUCGGACCUAUGGGUAUUGUUGGACCAACUGGAAACCUUGGGCCAGUCGGAGACAGAGGAAGUCAAGGGGACAAUGGAAUGCCAGGUCCUCGGGGCCCUCCUGGUCCAAGGGGAAAGCCUGGUCCACCGGGCCCUUCGGUGAUCCUUGAUUCAUAUAAGCAAGAGGACUUUGAUGCAUCUUACCAGGCCCUCAUGGACUCCAGUGGACCAUCCUAUCGGAGUACCAACUACAUGAUGGUGGACCAAGGAUCAGAUAUAUUUAAGACCCUACACUACCUCAGUAGCCUUAUCCAGAGCAUAAAAUACCCACUUGGAACAAGGGAUAACCCUGCUCGUAUCUGCAGAGAUUUGAUGAACUGCCAACAGAAAAUGGGAGAUGGCACUUAUUGGAUUGACCCAAAUAUUGGCUGUUCUUCAGACACCAUUGAAGUCACAUGCAAUUUUACAGAAGGUGGCCAAACCUGUCUUAAACCCAUUACAACAUCUAAACUGGAGUUUGGGGUUGGCAAGGUCCAGAUGAACUUCCUUCACCUGCUGAGUUCUGAGGCUACGCAGAGCAUUACUUUUCACUGUCUGAAUGUGCCAGUGUGGGAGAAAUCUUCCAAAGCAAUACGGUUCAAGGCAUGGAACGGACAUUUAUUGGGCGCAGGAGGAAUGUUUCAGCCAGAGGUGUCUGUGGAUGGCUGCAAGGUACGAGACGGACGCUGGCAUCAGACUGUUCUUAUUUUUCGAUCCCAGGACCCGGCUCAGCUCCCAAUUGUUGACGUGCUAAAUCUACCGCUACUGACACCCGGCAUGACCAUUCACCUGGAAGUGGGAAGCGUCUGCUUCCUUUAAAAAUAAAAGACAUUUGCAUUGGCAUUUAUUUCCUGAGACUUCUGAACUAGAAUUUGUUCAUCCUGAAUCUAAUUUUAUCCCUAAAGUGAUCCACGGACCUUGCAAACAAACCGUCUACCUAAGCUCCCCAUUUUGUAGCGCAGUGACAAAUGCACGGGGGUAGCGAGCAGGAUCAACAAGUGGAAUGAAGGCCAAAGGGAUAAGGAAUUGAUAAGAAACAAUCACAAACCACACAAAACAAACAGAUAAAGAGCAUGCUUUAGCGACGAGAAGAGCACAAGCAAAAGAAGCAUGCCUCCGAAACACAACCGCCUAAAUCUAAGCGAAUCGCUUCAGUUACUCCCAAUUCUGCCAGGGAGGGUCUAACUGAAAAAAAUGGGCUAAAAGGCAGAGAGCAUUGUGAAGUGCAAUAUGAAAAAUGAAAGAAAAAAAAGUAAUAAAAAUAUAUAUAUAUUUUAUUUAACAGAAUUAAGGUUAGUGACUCCCCGCCUUCCUCUUUUUGUGGAACUGGGGGAUGCCAAAGCUUGUUUUUAUAUGAAGAGAGAAAGUGACUGGUGCAACAAGGAGAGGCUCAGCCAACCGGUGCUACCUCCCACUGUGAAAAUCUCUGGUGCUUUGAAGCCUUAAUUAAAUGAAGCUAUUUAAAGUUUCUGAAGGUGCUGAUGCCUUUCCACACAUCUGUGGGAGGACACCUAGCUUUAUUGUUAUUUUAUAAUUAUUAUAUAGGAAGUACCCAAUACUUCCCAUUGUACAGACCCCUUCACCCCUGAGAUGGGUAUUCUACACACUGACCAUAGGAACGCAGGCACAACUGCUCCGUAUUUUUUGCCAUAUUUGAGAAUGAGAGAUGAAGCUGUGUCUCCCCAUAAAUACGUACCUCAGAUGCAAACGUCCCCAAUCUGUACCCCUUUAUGCUUUCCCCUCACAAGGGAUACUCUGAUGAUAAAGUCCACACUUAAUGCCAGAAUGGGAAAUCAGCCCAUCACAGUCACAUUACAUUCUACCCCCACUUACCUUACAGUGCAGAAAUACAAUGACUCAGGGAUGAAGGGAAAGUAAAAAAAAAAAAAAUUCUAAAAUAAACGGUAAAUUAAAUAAAAAAAAAGUUUUUUUUAAUUUAAAAUGUGUUUAUAUAUUUUAAGGGAAUAUUUUUGUAGGCUUACUUGGUGAAUUUGUACCAAAGGAAUUUUUAUUCGUAGGAUCUCUGUGUAGAUUAUUUUUCACUGCUCAGUUUGUAUAAAGUGCUUCCGGAAGCUGUAUUGAAUUUCUACCUAAGGAAUCGGCCGUAUGUGUACUGCUGCUCUUGCCCUUCUGUUUCGCUCUUAGCUUGGCCAAUUUCCCGGGCUGAGGGGAGAACUGUAUGUUAUUUUUUUUUUUUAUUUAAGUGCAACCCCUAUCGCUACUUGCUCUGGCAAACUAAUGAAGGUGCCUUAAACCCCAACUGGCUUUGGAGUACGUCCUGUAGAGAUUUUAGUUUCUAUGUGUAAAUUUGGAGCUAAAGAAGAUUAUAUUGCUGUCAUGUCUAUAAUGAUGUUGUAAUCUAGGCUGUACUGUACUGAGAAUACAAUGUGCUAUAUUUAGAAAGGUUUAUUGGAUGUCGUCAAAGGUUUUUUUCUUUUUUUUCUUUUUUUUUUCUCUCCUCCAACAAUAUACAGAAACAUUCUUCCAAAUACCUCAACCAUGUGAUUUGGGGGCUCUUUCUAACCUCACUUUAUCACAUCUUUAUCUUGCUUGAUAGGUUCCUUUCUUCAUUCUUCUUAAUAUUCUUUUUUUUUUUCCCUUUCUGCCCCUUUUCAUCUGCCUGUUUCAGUGUUGGAAUUUCACAUUAACUUGGCAAAAAAAUAAAACAAUAAAAAAGAGUUUUCAGAAUGAGGCCGA